AGAUUUCCUCAAAAAAGGCGAAGCUGUCGCCGGGGAAAAGUACCAAGUCCAGCAAGAAGGUAAAAACAAAUGACAAGGGUAAAGGCAAAGAUCACGCAUACGAGAAACCUUUCAUUCCUAUUCCACAUAAUGACUCCUUGACGGGGUCGGAGAUCUCUGAAGAAGAACUUGAGUUCUUUGCUGAGAACAUGAACGCUGCGGGAGGAUUUCUGCAGCAUCUGGACGAAAAGGGCAUAGCAAGGAGCAAGAGAGAGCAAGAGAGGCUACAUCAGCUCACAAAGCCCGAGAGAGUACCCGCUAGAGAGGACGACCUUCCAUCCGUUGAUUCACAUAGCGAAGUUGAUGAAUCCUGGAGUUUGAGAACUGAAGAUGAGGAUGAUAAUAUCUCCGGCGAUGAUACUGCAUCUUCUACUUUCUCUUCACAACGGACAAGACGGAGGAUCGCUCGCGCAGCUUCGGAUGACGAAGAAAAGCCAUAUGAGACGAUGCCUAGAAAGCACAAAAAAUCAUGGGGCUCAAGUGAAGAUGAGAAAGGAGUCUCUCGCUUACCUAUUAAGCUCCAGGACGGGAAAGUCGUGCACUCGGUGCAUAAGGUCAUUCCUCGAAGGCAAGAGGAAGAAGAAACUUCAGGCGAAGAGCUCAGGUUGAAGGAGGAACAGAACGUACAAGUUAGGGAAGAUGUCGCGACUGGGGCUCGUUUCGGAAGACCCGCAGUCGUUGAUAUCAUCUCAACUAAAUCACGUAAGGCAAGAGUGCAACAAGCGAAAGAACAGAUUGCAAGCAUAUGCCAGGACAUUGUCGCUGAUUCAGAAAACAGUAUUGGACUUUUGCGGCGUUUACACACGUUUUGCCUCCCGCACGUCUCCACGCCCUCGCAUCCCGAUCCGGUACCCAACGAUGUGCUGGUUCGACGACUUGCUAUUCUCUCGCAACUUGCUGUAUUCAAGGACAUCGUACCAGGCUAUCGUAUACGCCCGUUGACUGACAAGGAGAAAGCGGAGAAGGUUAGCCAGAUAGUCCAGCGGACUCGAGAUUUCGAGCAGGGCCUUGUGAGCGUAUAUCAUGCUUAUUUGCGUGUACUUGAAGCUGAGCUAAAAGCAAAGAGCGAACUCGCUGAGUCCGCUUUACAAUGCAUAUGCCAAUUGUUGUCCGAUUUGACUCACUUUAACUUCCGAGUCAACCUAAUGACUGUGGUCGUAGCACGUCUCAGCAGAAAGGUGUGGGAUGAGUCGUCCGAACUAUGCCUGAAGACUUUGACGUUUGUCUUUCGUACGGAUACGAUCGGUCAGGCGUCACUUGAAAUCGUUCGACUCUUGAACCGAAUGAUUAAAGAGCGACAUUUUAACGUGCACCCCAACGUCAUGUUCUGUCUUCUUGACUUGCGUCUGAAGACGGAACUUGGUGGCAUCCGUGCAUCACAAUCAAGGGCUGAUAAAGAGAGGCCCGGGGAAACCAUGUCCAAAGGCAAAGCGGCUGCCCGGAGGGCGAAAGGGAAAUCGACACCACAGCCGCAUGUUAGUAAAAAGGCUUUGAAGAAACUCAAGGAGACUAAGGCGAUCGAGGAUGAAAUGCGUGAGGCAAAUGCAGAGGUUGAUCUGGAAGAACGCAUGUCUGUGCAAACAGAAACUCUCAAGCUUUUAUUCGUUCUUUAUUUCCGAAUACUGAAAAGUGACAAGCCAACCCCUCUCCUUCCUGCCGCGCUACAGGGAAUCUCACGUUUCGCGCAUCUCGUGAAUAUCGACUUCUUCAAGGAUCUGUUACAGGUGCUCCGUGACCACGUCUCCCACAGUACAUAUACUAUCGAGACCAAAGAAAACGCGGAGCAAGAAAUAGAAGGUUCAAUUCCCGACGUCGAGUACAUGCACCAUCGUCUACAUUGCAUUGUCACUGCCUUUGAAUUGCUGUCUGGUCAAGGAGAGGCUUUGAAUCUUGAUCUGACAGACUUCAUAAAUCACCUAUAUGCCCUGAUACUGCCGCUAAGUUCCACGCCUGGAAUUGAGGAGCCUGGACAACGAAGCGAUACUCUGGCCAACAUGCUCUUUCGUGCCUUGAAUCUCGUAUUCUUUUCGCGAUCUCCAUCCGCGAAGUCACCGCCAUGGCGUACUGCUGCAUUUGCCAAACGUCUUCUCAUUGCCUCUUUGCACUUCCCUGCCACGACUGCUGCCCGCACGGUAGAUUUUGUUCGGAGUCUAUUUGUGAAGGAACCGAAACUUGACGCGUUGUUGUCAAUCGAAGACAGGAUCACCAAUGGUGUGUAUCGACCCGACGUCGAUGAUCCACAGUUGUGCAAUCCCUUCGCUACAAAUCUGUGGGAACUACAACUCCUAAUUGAGAGACACGCCGACUUAGAAGUACGACGACUAGCGGAGGGACUUUUGCAGUACUCUCGCGACCACAACUAA